CCCGCCCGCUCGGUCACAUCACCUCCGAGAGACAGACGGAGAGAGAGAAGCGGGCUGAAUAUGGAGCUCCUCUGCAGGGUGAGAUGAGGGAUUCAGGUCAUGAGCCGUCUUUUUUUAUUUAUUUUUCUCUCACAGACAGAUUAAUGUUCAGACCGGCUUAAAUUGCUGCCGUGAUGCUCCCUGAGUGAGAGAGAGGCGUAAAAGAAACAAAAGGAGGCUUUCCUGCACCUCAGAGCCUGGGUAUGAUGAGCGGAGUGUGAGCGAAUGAAAGUGUGGAGAGAAAGAGGUGCAGUCCUUCUGUGGUCGGCUGCUGCAGGGAAGGAGAAGCUGGAAGAGUCCCGUUUGCGUGAGAGAGGAGGGACUGUCCGGUGCGGCCGCAGAAAGGGCGCAUUGUAACCUCUGUAGGUUACUCUGUAAACUGAGAUUGUUUCCGUCCGACGGCCGGGAGGAGGUCACGUUGAAUCUUUCAAACAGGAAGUCUGUCCUUCCGUGAAAGGCGGCCACAAUGGAGCUGAGAUAAACUCUUCCUCUUUUAUUCACCAAUUACGGCUCUUCCUGCACUAUAAACAUGGGAACAUGGCGUGGUCUCCGAGUGGCUUUCAUCAUGGGAUCUUUGUUUAUGAUCCUGCUUAUCAUUGUCUACUGGGAUGAUGUCGGGGGCUUUAGUCUCUACCCGCUGAAAGACCCCAAACACGAGGUGCUUCAGUCCGGAUGCUGUGCCCCGACGACUAUGAGCCCGCCUCAGACUACGCCCGCCAGCAGAGCCCACACGACUUCUUCCUCCAUUGUUUCCGCCACCACUUCUAGUGCUUCAUUUAUCCCAAAGGAAGCGGCUCAGGAACAUACGGAGGAAGGGGAGGGGAAGCAAAAACAUGCACAGAGGAAGGAGGAAACAAGGGAGGAUGCAGAGAUGGAGAUCUCUGCUUCUGAUAGGGAACAGGAGGCGCGAAAGAAGAGGAUCGACGACGUGUGUUCAGGGAAGGAAGACGUGGAAGUCCCCGAAAGGACUCGGCCUUUUUCACAGAUCCCCAACAGGGAACUGGAUCACCUGAUAGUGGACGAUACACACCAGAUUAUCUACUGUUACGUUCCCAAGGUGGCGUGCACCAACUGGAAGAGAGUGAUGGUGGUUCUGUCUCAGUCUCUGAUCUCAAGCUCCUCAGGGAAACCCUACACUGACCCAGAGGCUGUACCUGCUGACCUUGUACACAACUCCACGUUGCAUCUAACAUUUGCCAAAUUUUGGCGCCGUUAUGGUUCCCUGUCCCGCCACUUGAUGGCACUGAAGCUCCAGCACUACACCAAGUUUCUGUUUGUACGCGAUCCUUUUGUGCGUCUCAUCUCUGCCUUCAGGAACAAGUUUGGAAGGCCCAACCAGGACUUCUACAGGCAGUUUGGUUCAGUUAUGCUGCGUCGUUAUGGCAAUGUGUCUGGGGAUUUGCCAGAGACCGCGACCGAGGCAUUUGAGGCAGGAAUCAAACCGACAUUUCAGCAGUUUAUCACAUACCUGCUAGAUCCAGAGACUGAGAAAGAGAGCAUCUUCAACGAACACUGGCGGCAGGUCUACCGUCUGUGCCACCCAUGCCAGGUGAAGUACGACUUUAUCGGAAAGCUAGAAACCCUGGAAACAGAUGCAGAGCACCUGUUGAAGCUUCUGAAGGUGGAUCAUCUGAUACGGUUCCCCUCAGGGGCUCAAAACAAGACUGCAGCCAGCUGGGAAAGAGACUGGUUUGCACAGAUUCCCAUUUCGACACAGAAACAGUUGUACAAGCUGUAUGAGCUGGACUUUGAGCUGUUUGGAUACCCCAAACCUGACAGCGUGCUUCACCAGUAGACCAUACCAAGCCAAAGGCCUGGGCGCUGCACUGUGUGUAGAGCCUACACCUUCCCUGCCUGCGCACAACGAGCACAUGCCUUUAAAAACCAGUCUGUGAUGCUGUGUGUUUAAUUUGUUUUGUGCAUACCUCAAAUGACAAAAGUGCCUGUCUGUAUUAUUUUAUUUUUGACAUUAUAUCAUAUCCAAAGUGCACCAGCUUACAAGUUACUUUAUCCCAGUCUGUGUUUCCUCAUGCAAUGGCACUUUAAAGAGUAUUUUGUGAAAACUGUAUUUUGGUAAGUCAUGAGUGAAGGUCUUGGGCUGCAUGUUAGCUCACAUUUCUGAGGGGGAAGUAUGCAGAAAAUAAAGAGUUUUUAAAUUA